UGAUACCAUCAAUCAAUCAUCAUUCAAAUCGAAUCACAUAUUUACAUUUAUGAAUUUAACAAAGUAAAAAAUAACGGUUUAAAUUUCCACAUGGAAGGCGGAGACGAUUGCACGUGUAUCAAAAUUGUCGGCCAAUUGGAAGACGUAAAAUGGUCUCUUUCUCCCCGCAAAUAUUGUCCGAGUCGCGGCCCACUAGCGAUAGGUGAUUGGACUCAGAAUCAGCACAUAUGGCUGCACUACGUUGAGAGCGAUGAUGGGUUGCUAGUCGAUGACGAUGUAUUGAGAUCAACUGACAGUCGAUAUUGGUCCAUUCAUGAUGUGCAGCGGUAUUGUCUCGGAGAUCUGCAUUGCGAACAAGUUCUGUUCACUUAUCAGUACCCCAACCUCCGUAUGCCGUCGCUUCUCGGCAGCUAUUUGUGGAGAGCCAAUACAGCACUCAAGUCUCCACCUGCUCUUUAUAUAAGGGAACUGCAUAGAUCAGUUGAACUUACAUUGAAGAAAAUGGAAGUCAAACAAGCGCAAAUGGACCGUCUAAUCAUAUCGGAUCAGUUGAUUAACAUCGACCGAAUGGACUAUUCGAAACGAAAGUCUUUCCUAAAAAUACUUAAUAGUAUUAUCAGUUUUCAGGAUAGUUUGCAGCUGGUCUCGUUAGAAAACCUAUGCUGUAAGCGAUUGGAAGGCAUACAGCUCCUUGAAACGCUGGCCUGCUUCGUCGCGCAAACGUUGAAAUAUUUGUUCCUGUGGCGGUUCGUGCUGCCCAAUGAGAACCCUAUUCUUAUCAACUAUAGCUAUAUCACCGGUAGUGGACAAUACAUUCCUCGGCCGGACAGUCGGCAAUGUUUCCUCCGGUGCCUGGGUGAGCUACGCAACCUGCGUGUUCUUGCUCUAGAGUACGCGUACCUAGCGGAUGGAAGCGGCUAUACUCUCCUCUCUCUCCUACCAGUCAUACGGAGACCACAUUUCCGCUUACAGCUGAUCUGCCGUGAAGACCAGAUCCCUGGGCGGGCUGACGCAGCGCUCGGCGUGGGAGGGCACAACAUCCCCGACACCGCAUGGCGCCGCGUUGCUAUCGCCUGCCCGGAUUUGUAUUUGUUCAUGGCUUUUUAUCGCAUCCAAGAUUACGAUAAUGUCCGGCGUUUUUUGACGCCCAGCAUCCCACUGCGCGAGUCACACCUGCAACUUGGCAUUGAUUUGAAUAUCUCUCAGCGACAAGAUUCUGAUCUCAGCUGUUUCAUACGUCAUCUUGGCUGUCGAUAUGCUGACACGCUUGUAACACUGAGCAUCCAGCAAUGGCGUACAGUGGAAGUGCCCAUGCGUCGUAUUCUGGAACUGAUGCCGCGACUGACCAGAUUCAUGUACACGGGUCGUGUGAGCUCUGCCGAUGUACAUGAUGCCCUGACCAUUGUCUCUUGCGGAGUCUGUGAAAAGUUGAAGCAAAUUAAAAUACAAAUUCAAGAUGAGGAAUCUAAGCGCCAGUAUUGGAAAAAAGAGGUCAACAAGCUGACCGAAGAAUUCGCAGAUAUAAUGGCCCUAUAUGAAAUUGCUUUCAGUAUUAAACUUUACAAAGCAUGAUUUUAUUAAAAUAUAUAACUGA